AUGCUGCACGUCUUUCGGCGAAUCAGACAUAAUCUUGUGAAUUCAAACAAGAAGGAGGAUGAUGACGACCUAAAAAUCGUUAACGCCUUAGAGCAGCGAAAUCAGAAAGUCAUCAAUGCCGUUUCCUUAUACAGAAAGCAUGUCUCAAACACAGUUAAGACUGGACUUCGUGAGGAGAACGUCGAUAAGCGUCGAAAAAAGCUCGAUGAGUUUGCACUGUGCGCUGAUUUGCGAGAUAUCUCAACCGAUCUGGAGGCAUCGCACACCACUUGUCUUCACAGAGUCAUCCAGAAAAUUAGUCAGGCCUUACAAGUUGUUGUAGAUGAGAAGGUGAGAGAACAAUUUUUAAAUUCACAAUGUGGACGAUUUACUUCAAUGAUUUCAAGGCUUGUAUACGUAAACAUAUAUAUGCGAAGAUUUAUUUUAGAUGUUGACAUCGCAAAGAAGGCUUUGGAAAAGGCGGAUAGUGCUACACAGCUUCAGGACACUUUGGAUGCUUCACAACUAAAGCUUGAGAACCAAAAGGUGGAGUUUUACAAUGCUCGUCCUCGGCCAGUAUUCGGGGUUGAUUUAAGCGAGCAUCUUCGACACACGCAAGGUCGUGUUGCCGUCGUGCUGGAGAAGUGCUGUACAAUGUUAAGAGCUAGUGGUUUUACCGAGAAAGGUCUCUUCCGGGUCAAUGGGAACAACACAAAGAUUCGGCGCAUGAAAGCUGCAUUUGAUGCUGGGCAAAUUGACAUCGAUGAGCGUGCUUACUAUCUCGAUCCGCACUCCGUUUGUAGCGUACUGAAGAGUUACUUAAGAGAAUUGCCCGAUCCUCUGCUCACUCAUCGCCUUCAUAACGAUUGGGUGAACGCUUCCAAACUGGAGGAUGAGGCGAAACUCCAAGCGUUCGAGCGCUGCAUAGGCGAACUUCCUGCGUGUAACCGUCAUAACCUGACUUACCUUAUCAGUUUUUUAUCAGAAAUGUUGCAACAUCAAGAGCAGACUGCUAUGAACUGUGGUAAUCUUGCCAUUGUCUUUGGUCCGAAUUUAUUGGGUGGCGACCUUGACGGAAACAAUUCCAUAGGUACUAAGGUAAGAGAAUCUAUUUUUAUUAUUUAG